CUAGUCUGUCUUUAAUUCUCAUAUGCAUAUAUAUAGGGAUUACUAUACGUCACGUUAUCUCCCAUUCCACCACCACUUCAUUAUGCACCAGUUAGGUAUUAAUUAACGGGCAUUCUUCUCUAUAUAUACUUGCAAGUUUAGCUGAAUCGUGCAGAGUUAAGAGUCACCAUGGGGUACAAUUUUGUGUUCAUUGGUGUGUUAUUUUGUUGUGCCAUGGUUAGUCACAAUGGUCUAGCGGCGACGGAAGCCAAUAAUUAUGACUAUGCAGAUGCUGUUGGCAAAGCCAUCUUGUUUUUUGAAGGACAACGCUCAGGGAAGUUGCCCACCAGCCAAAGAGUGAAGUGGAGGGGAGACUCGGCUCUAUCAGAUGGCAAACUUCAAAAUGUGAAUUUGAUUGGUGGAUACUACGAUGCUGGUGACAACGUGAAGUUUGGAUGGCCUAUGGCAUUUACAACCACCUUGUUGAGUUGGUCUGCUGAUGAGUAUAAGAGUGAGAUAUCUUCGGUCAACCAACUUGGCUACCUCCACAGUGCUAUCCGUUGGGGUGCAGACUUCAUAUUAAGAGCCCACACUUCCCCAACUACCCUCUAUACACAGGUUGGAGAUGGAAACUCCGAUCACCAAUGUUGGGAGCGACCGGAAGACAUGGAUACACCAAGAACGGUCACCAAGAUAGAUGCUAAUUCCCCAGGAACUGAAGCUGCAGCCGAGUCUGCUGCUGCUCUUUCUGCUGCUUCUGUUGUCUUCAAGAAAAUAGAUGCCAAUUAUUCCUCCACGCUGCUAAGCCAGUCAAAAUCACUGUUUGAAUUUGCGGACAAGCACAGAGGUACUUACUCGGGUUCUUGCCCGUUCUAUUGCUCGUACUCAGGUUACCAGGAUGAAUUGCUAUGGGCUGCUUCUUGGCUAUAUAAGGCGAGUGGAGAAAGCAAGUACUUGAGCUACAUCAUUGGCAACCAAGGUUGGAGUCAUGCGGUGUCUGAAUUCAGCUGGGAUAACAAAUUUGUUGGGGCUCAGACAUUACUAACGGAGGAAUUCUAUGGUGGGAAGAAAGACUUGGCGAAGAUUAAGAGUGACGCAGAAUCAUUUAUAUGUGCAGUGAUGCCAGGAAGUAGCUCUGUACAGAUUAGAACAACUCCUGGUGGGCUUCUGUUUACUAGGGAUAGUAGUAAUUUGCAAUAUGCCACGAGCUCAACCAUGGUGCUAUUCAUUUUCUCCAAAAUUCUAAACAGAAAUCAUAUUAAUGGAAUCCAGUGUGGCUCCGCGCAUUUCACCCCCUCCCAAAUUAGAGCCUUUGCCAAAACACAGGUGGACUACAUACUAGGAAACAAUCCGACGAAGAUGUCGUACAUGGUGGGAUUUGGCAGUAAAUAUCCAAAGCAAUUGCAUCACAGAGGCUCAUCCAUUCCUUCAAUCCAAGUUCACUCAGCGAAGGUGGGUUGCAAUGACGGUCUCUCAGACUAUUACAAUUCUGGUAAUCCAAAUCCCAAUACUCAUGUGGGUGCCAUUGUUGGAGGCCCUGAUUCAAAUGACAAAUUCAAUGAUGCAAGAUCUGACUUUUCUCAUAGCGAGCCUACAACAUAUAUGAAUGCUGCUUUCGUGGGCUCAGUGUCUGCUUUGCUUUAGCCAAACAGUUUCCACAAAUCACUGGUGCGGAGACAAAUUAAGUGAAUUAAUGUGUAAUCUCCGAUUAGGCGACUAUGUGCCAGAUAGAUUAAACAGAUGUUAGUUAUUUUCCCUGCCAUAUCCAUGUUAAGAAAAAUUAAAGUAAAAAAAGCCAUUACAAGUGAACUAGCUAGUACAAAUUUAAAUAAUUGGCAAGGAAUUUUAGGUUCAAACUAUGUAUUGUAUUAUCGUCAUUAAUGUUAUGGAAUAGAGCUCCACUAUAAUAUACCGUUACAACAAAAUCAUGCGUGGUUUUUCUGUUUUAACAAGUACCAAUUAAGUUCUUGUAUGUUGUUUACUUGCAGAAAAGCAAAAUUGAUUUGUAUUUUGUAAGCAAUACAGUGGCGCGUUUAUAUUA